CAAAAGAGUUCGGCGCUUAGACUCUCCAAAGGUUCGCGCUUUUUCUACUGAAUUCACUUCUUCCAAACAAACCCAUCACAGUUCCUUCCCUCCAAUCCCGUAGGAAUCGUUGUCGGCGGCAAAAUCAUACUCGGAGAUGUUUAGCGACGGAGACUCCGGGCAGCUAUCUCCUGUCGGAGAAUCAUCUGUUCCUGUUCCCAACAGGAUGCUAAGGCGAUUGAAGAAGGCUACAUCAAUCUCCGACAUAUGCCCUGAAUCUGAAAACCCAGGCGGUGAAGAUUCCCAGAUGGUUGAUCUGGAACCCGGGCGUGAAGACGAGCUGAGAUCUGAUUUUGAGGGUCUGGGUGUGGGGGACAAUGGGGUUGGCGCGAAGAAGGCUUUGGAUUUUGAGUCCAUAGAUGAGGAAUUGGGCGAGGAAGGUGAGGAUGGAGGUCAUUAUUUAAAAACAGGUGAAGAAACUAGGGAUUUUGAUUCCAUGGCGGAGGAAUUGGGCGAGGAAGGCGAGGAUGGAGCUCGUGAUCUGAAAACAGGAGAGGAAACUAGGGAUUUCGAUUCCAUGGCUGAGGAAUUGGGAGAGGAAGGUGGGGAUGGUUCUCGUGAUUUGAAAAUAGGAGAAGAAAUUAGGGAUUUCGAUUCCAUGGCUGAGGAAUUGGGAGAGGAAGGUGACGAUGGAGCUGGUUAUUUGAAAACGGGAGAGGAAAUUAGGAAUUUGGAGAUGAUUGAAGCUUCAAAGACACGGUCAAUUUUGGAUGGGAACGAUGGCGAUGAACACGAAGAUGUAGAUGGUGAUUUGGGAAUAGGGGAGGAAAUUAGGGAUUGGGAGUUAAAGGAAACUUCAAAGAAACGACCCAUUCCGGAGAACGAUGGUGAUGAAGAUGGGCUUCAUAUGGAUAAGAAGAAGAAGAAGAAGAAAAGUAUCGGCUUUGAUGAGCUCCCAGUUUCUUCCGCUUCCAUGAACAUGAGCAAGAAGGAGAGAAGAGAAUAUCUUGAUCAGCUUCGCGCAGAAAAUCAGCGGCUUUUGCGAGAAACUAGAGAUGCUACCUUUCAACCUGUUCCUCUUGUCCGAAAGCCCAUUUCUUCCGUCUUGGAGAAAAUUCGACAAAGAAAACAGGAAAUCUCGAGAAAGUUUCUCAGAAGGAAUGAAUCUUGUUCCAUUGAAACAUGUGAUGGUCUUGAAAGAGAUGUUAUGGUAGAUGCUGAAUACGAGGAAGUCAUUGCUGAAGAGAUGGGUGAUGGCAAAAGUUUGAAAAUGAAAAGCAAGAGAACCCCGGAGAGAAAGAAGCCCUUGGAGAAAUCUAAUGCAGGUUCACUCGGAAACUCAGACUACCCCUCACAUGAUGAAGCUGAAAGCAACCCUACUCCUGAGGAUCCAUCUGGUCGUUAUCAAAUGACUGACAUGAGAGAUGAGCUUCCAGAGAAUACACCAAGCAGUCCGUUGGAGGAAGUUAUGGCACCAUCAGAACUUGCCAUGAACCUCAGACUCAACUCAUCUCCUGUCCAUGACGAUUCUUGUGAAGAAGAAGAAGAAGAAAACGAUAAGGAAAAUCUUGAUCCCGAAGCCUGUUCUUCAUCUCCAAAAGGUGAUCCUGUUAGGGCCUUCAUUGAUGAGGAAGCAGAAGAGGAAGAUGACAGUGACAAUGACUUGCUUCGUUUCAAGGAUGACGAGGAAGAUGAGGAUGAAGGAGAUGAUGAUCUUAGGGAUAUGAUCGUGAGUCAAUUUAGAGAAGAUGCUAUUGAUAAGGAAAGGCGGAAUGAACUGCAUCAAAAGUGGCUUGAGCAACAAGAUGCUGCAGGAACAGAGAAGCUAUUACAGAAGUUAAAACGUGGUGUACCACAGGAUGAAACAUUGUUACUUGAAGAAGAAGAUGAUGCUGAUGCUGAUGAUGAAGAGGAGGGGGCUGAAUCCGAUGAUGUCAAUGGGGAAGAAGAUUCUUGCCAAGCAUAUUCCACUCGAAUGAUCAUAAAGAAAAUAAAGGAAAUGAUUCCUUUGGAAUUCACUGACAAAAGUGAUGAUUAUGUGGUAUCUGAUGACGACGAAAUGGAAGAGAUGGAGAGGAAACACCGCUUCUCCAACAAAAUGGAGCUGAAGGCUAAGAUUCCAUCACCUGCUACAGAUGAGGGCUCCAAGGAACUCUUUUACCGCAUAAAGAAGGUCAAUAAUAUACCUGAAAACCGGAAAAAAGUGAAACCUUCAUCAUUCUCAGACAAGUUACUAAUGGGAAUAAACAGAAAUGCAGCACCAUCCAAGUCAUCGUUCUUGAGUCGAGGUCUGAAGAGCUCCUUACCAACAGCAGGAUCUCACAAGCGUGGGUCGGGCAUUGUACGUGGCUUUAUAUUCGAACGAGAUGACGGCAACAGCCGGAGCUCAAGCUCAGCCCCAGAGAAAUCAUCAGAGACAAUUCAAGAGAAGAGCCAACCAACAAGGGUUCAGGCAAAAUUCAACUGCUCACAGUCACAGAUUAGGUCAAAAACCUCUCAAACCCGAGGAACAGAAGACGAAACAAGCUCACGAACUCCAUUGUACGAGAUUCUGAAGCGGUCUUCCAUGAAAUCUUGCUUCACUUCUCGUCAGAGCGUAAGCAGCAGCAGCAGCCAUGCGGAGUCUAUGUCUAUAUUCGCUGCUUUCAAAGUGGACAAGAAACAAAGCUAAAGCCAGUAAGCCACUGCCGUAAGUAGUAACUCCCUUCCAGUGCCUUUUAUACUCUGUUAUAACUAUGGUUGUGUUGUGCUUUGAAUUCCAGUGAUUUAGUUUGAAUGCCAAAAGCAGAUUUCAACAAGGAGCAAUGUGUCUACAUCUUCAAAGUCAUGAUCAAUGGGGUUGGCAUGAGUUGACAACUCGGGUCGGGUUUUUUUAGAGUAUUCGAAUCCGAAUGACGAGUUAUAUAUAUUAAAACCCGAAUUCGAAUCCAAAUUUUAAAAUUGUAGAAUUACAAUUUUUGAAUCUGUAGAGAUAUCUAAAUUUAUUUUGAUUAA